AUGCAGCCACAUAAUACCCUCUUAGUGACGGAUUAUGUUGAAUUGGCUUCAGAUUCAGGAGUUGCGGCUCGUAAUGCAUAUGAGCUGAUAGGAAGGCAAGCUGGUGGCAAAGAAUCAAUUGGAGAUGUUAUCAGUUUCAACAUAACGUACAAAGUGGUACACGACAAUCGUCUAUUUGUAAUUUUCUUGGGUAUGAAUCAUCACCGGGAGACCGCUGUGUUUGGAGCAGCCUUAAUGUAUGAUGAGACAGCGGAUUCAUUUGUCUGGUUAUUUGAAACGUUCUUGAAAGCGAUGGGCAAAAAAGUGCCAAAGAUAAUUCUUACAGAUCAAGAUGUUGCAAUGGCGAAGGCAUUAAAGCAAGUCAUGUCCAUGACGAAACAUCAUUUAUGUGUUUGGCACCUAAUACAUAAUGCACAGAAGCAUCUACUGUUUUUGUUUAAACGCGUUGAAGGAAUAAAGAAGGUCAUCUCAAAAUUAAUGUUCCAAAUUGAGGAGGAGGAAGAUUUUAUAAGGGAAUGGGGUUUAAUGAUUACUGAGUAUGGUGCUGCUGGUAACAAGUGGCUUUCCACUUUGUUAGGUUUGAGACAUAAAUGGGGCACUGGCAUUUGUCAAACACGACUGGUCUGCAAGAAUGCAUAG